ACUCUCUCCAGUCCUUCUAGCUACUCACCUUACUACCUUGCUUUUCCUAUGAAGCUGUCGAGCUUUACGUAGGUGCCUCCCUUGCAAGUUCGGUUUUUCCAACCCUUCCUUCUCUAUACAGUUAUGAAUAAGUUACUGCAAUUUUCACGCGGCUUACCGGUACUUUGCGCUUUUCUUGGACGCGAUGUAUGAUCAUCUAUACGUGUUUCCCUUCCAGCUCUGGUAUGUUAGGACUUACAGGACCAAACCUGUUUUAGCUUUAGUUAGUUGAAAGGUUAGUUGAAAGACCAGCGCAAAGGCUGGUCUGGGGCGUUGGAGGGCGUCCAUGCCACAUUUCGGCGGGAGGUGCGUCGUGCCCCAGCUUAGUGUCUUGUAGUCUUCUGCUUACUUGGUAUAUCUAUUUGCUUCUAUUAAUAACAGCUAGACGUAGCUCCAGAAGGAAAACAGCCAACACGCGGUGCAGGCCAACGGAUGGAGGGCACGUUCCGGUAAGCAAGCCAACCCAUGCGAGCCCCAGGCCGCCUUCUGAAGAAAGCUAAGUGAAUUUCACGUGUAGGAGUAGGCUACGUUGGGGCGAUUCCGGACUUGUUUCCAAGUUUUCCUCUUAACUUUCGCAAUGUCGCUGACUGAGUUAUGAGAUUUGGUAAGGUUAUUUGUAGCCGCUGCAGUUGUAGCCGGGCAAGGCCAAGGCAAACCGACCAAACGCUGUGCAGUGGAAGCAAGGGAUAUUGUCGCUUCCCUUGCGACCAUACAUGUUCUUGGGUUUUCUUAGUAUAAACCCUAAAGGCCUUAUACUUUACCCAGCCCCUCACGAAGGACAGCUCCUAACAACCCCCGCCUUAUACUUUCCUUUUCCUACCCGCCAGUCCUCAGCCGCCGCCCUCAUUAACGCAUUGUCGAUACUGUCGGUUGUGCUAUCUCGUUUCGGGUAACUCCGCCUUUCCCCUCGCCAGGCGAGGACAUGCCCUUAUGGUUCAGCACGCUGCGCUGUUCGGGUGCUGAGAGCCGGCUGGUGGAAUGCCCGCAAGGCACGGCCUUCCUCUCUUACGCAUACGUGUACCUGGGAAACGAGGGACACACGGCAGGGGUCAUCUGCCUGGCAGACCCGGACCCCACCCCCGGCACUGCUCGCCUUGUUGCAGUCCCCGGUCCCUGGGCAGGUCGGCUGGAGGUAUGGUCCGAGUUGGAGGGCGCCUGGGGCACCGUGUGCAACAACGGCUUCAACGACCAGGCAGCGCGGGUGGUGUGCCGGCAGCUGGGCUACAUGGGGGGCAGGGCCGUGGGCAUCGGCAACUUCACCCCCGGCGUCAGCUCCGAGCUCUGGGAGCUUCGUCAACAGCUCCCAGCUCGCUGAGCCCGGUGGUGUGCAGCGGGCAGG